CGAUGAUUAAACCAGUCGAGAGUCACACUCGCAGUCGCAGUCGCAGUCGCAGUCGUCGUGAGAAAAUCUCUGCGGGAGUUGUGCGUUGAAGCAGUCAAUUCAAUUGUCAUUUGCUGCAAAAAUAAACCUGAGCAGCUCAUUGAAGUUAAACUAGAUAAAUAGUCGAAUAGUUAGCACAACAAUUAGAAUAACAUUUCAAGUUGGAGAACAUCGAAUUGGUAAGCAGCAAAACAACAAAAAAAAAAAAGGUACUCGCAACGCCAACGCAAAAAGUACGACGACAACAGCGACGAAGGCGACGACGUCAGCAGCGACGUCAGCGUCGACAAAAUGUAUACAACGCUAUUGCAACGGCAGCGCCUUUGAGACCCACAGAAAAAACAACAACAACAACAACAGCAGCAAAAAAAAAACAAAGAAAAAUAAAAACACAACACUUGCUACCCGGAUAAGGAGUGUGGAGGUGCAAGGUGGAGCAAGGUUCGCACUUUUCUAUAAUACGAGAACGAAUUAAUUUGUAAAUAAAAAAUGAGCUACUUGCGAGGCGGCUCGUCGGGCAGCCUCAAUUUGGAUAAUGUGCUCAGCUGCCGGGAGCUGGAUCCGCUGCGUCGCAACCUGGAGGCGGGCAUCUUCAGGCAGCGCCUGCAGGCCGCUGAGAAUCUGUAUCAGCGCAAUCUGGCCGGGCACUUUGGUUGCGUGAAUGCUUUGGAGUUUAGCCAGGGUGGCGACUAUCUGGCAUCGGGUGGUGACGAUAAGCGUGUGCUGCUCUGGCAUGUGGAUCAGACGCUGUCGAAUCUCCGCGUAGAUAAACCAAAUGUGAUGUAUGGCGAGCAUGCCAGCAACAUCUUCUGUCUGGGCUUCGACACACGCAACACAUACAUCUUCUCGGGCGGUAAUGAUGACCUGGUCAUACAGCACGACCUGGGCACUGGCAAGAACCUUAAUUACUUUUCGCACGAUGGACCCGUCUAUGGCCUCAGCGUGGAUCGCACCAGCACUCAUCUGUUCAGUGUGGCCACCGAGCAUGGCGAGAUCAUUGUCUAUGAUCUGCGCGUCGGCAAGACUGAACCACUGGCCAUAGCCAAGUUUCGGACACCAUUUAAUGCGGUGGAAUUUCAUCCGCUCAAUGGCAACUUUUUGGCGACGGCGAAUGCCAAACGUGGCGCCCAACUGUGGGAUCUGCGUCACCACACUCAAGCAUUGUGUCAGUAUAACUACAUCACUGAAUCUCCCAGCUGCAUGAGCGUGCGCUUCAAUUGCAACGGCAGUCUUCUGCUCACCCUGCAUCGCCGCUUGCCACCCAUCCUGUACAGCCCCAGCUCACCGGAGCCGUUGUGCUCGUUUUAUCACGAUGAAUACUUUAAUUCCUGCACCAUGAAGAGCUGCACAUUUGCUGGCCCGCAGGACGAGCUGGUCGUCUCUGGCUCGGAUAACUUUAAUAUGUUCAUCUGGCGCUUGGAUGGAGUUGACUUGGAGAAGAAGAAUCAAUGGAUCGACACGACGCCCGUCAUCCUGACCGGACAUCGUUCGAUUGUCAAUCAGGUGCGCUACAAUCGCCAGCGCUGUUUGCUCGCCUCGUCGGGUGUGGAAAAGAUUAUCAAGCUGUGGAGUCCAUUUGCCCAGCAAGGCUGGGACGGUGCAUUGACGGAGCCAUCGGAUACGCCCUAUUGCACACGCACCCUGCAUCGCAACUCCACGGAUCAUGUGUCGCAGGACUUUAGCGCCUGCAACAUGGAGGAGGAUCAGGUGAUGUUGGCCUUCUUUGAUACGCUGGUGCAACGUGAGCUGGAAACGUGGAACAGCAGCAGCAGCACGGCCAAUGGCAAUGGCCAUCAGACAACAAGCAGCGAGACCACCUCCGGUACAUCAACGGAGCGCAGCGAGAGCACAACCCAAUCGGAUGAUGAUCAGAGCGAUGUGGACACACCCAAUGUUAGUGAGCUCAGCUGGCAAACGCAUCCGAAUCGCAUUUUCUAUUUGAUUGCCAAGAAGCGUCGUGCACUGCUCCAGCUGGCUGUCAGAGGCACUGGUGGCCAGCAUCGCAAUGUGGAGCAGCUGCUGGCACGGCUGCUGGGCGAACAGCGGCAGGCAGCCACACAGGCACGCAUCAGCGAAUGGCUGGAGGAGACGCAUCGCCUGUUCGGCGAUGAUGAGCUGCCCACCACAUCAGCAGAGGCCGCAGCCCGGGAUCGCAAUCGACGCGAGUCCAUCACUCAGCCAGCCAGCCGCAGUCCUCGCAAGCCGCCCGAAUUUCGCAUGAUUGGCUCGUUGCAGGCCAGUUUCGAGCAGCUGGAGCGGAAGCGGAAAUUGAUGCGACUCCGUUUUGCGGCCAUUAAACGGCGACGGACCGUUCGACGUCCACGCCGAGGAAUGCUGGAGAACGAGAGCGCCAUGUCCUAUGAUACCGAAUGGUUAGAUGAUGAUGAUGAUAAUGAUCCAGAGGCAAAUCAAGAGAGCAAUGCCGGUGACAACAGCAACACCAGCAAUAGCAACAACAAUAACAACAACAGCAACAUCAACAAUAACAACAACAAUAGCAACAGCAAUCACGAUGACGACACGUCCAACACAUCGAUGGAGGCACAAUUGUCGCAGGCGCCAAGCACCUCCAAUUCGGUGCACUUUGCGCUGGAUGCCACCGAGGCCAACAACAACAGCCAAUUGGCCGAGAACAACAAUAAUAAAGUCGUCAAUGGCAUACCGGCUGCCACAUGCCACUCAGAGACAACCACAUCCACGUCCUCCUCCACACAGACACAUUUGUAAAAAUGGAUCACAUUCGGGAAACUUUCGAGUAGUUUCUGUUGACUUUUUUUAUACAGAGCAAUCCUGGCAUUAUUAUAAUUCCUCGAUAUGUGUGUGCAUUACGGAUUAAGAAGAAAAUGUAGACUUAAGCGCAAAAUUCUCUGCAGCACUGUGUCCAUUUGUCCGAAUUCAAUCAUGGUAUAAUACAAGCAUAGAGAGUAUUCGAUAUUGUUUAAGUAGACUUUAUCCGCAUCCAAAAAUAGGGAGUUGUAUUUAUGUUCGCAGCAACUCAUUUUUCGAGCUAAUUUUGCAAUUUAUUAAUAGCCUCCACAUUGGAAUACUUUUCUUUUAAAUUAAUGAUCUCUGAAAAAUUGCAGUAACCUAAAAGUAAUACCAUGACAACAUUAUGAGUAUAACUUUUGCGUGUAUUCAUUAGAUUAGAUUAAAAACGUAAAUUAAUUUUAUUUUUUUAAUUUGGAUGUUAAUUGUGAUUGAAAAUAUAUUAUGAAAACCAAUCAGAAAAAACAAUGAAAAUAAAUAAAACACAGUUUGGUGUGGAACAUGCAA